AUGGACUAUACAAACCCAACAUACUUCGCCGGCGCCGCCGCCCAGCCGCCGUACCACUUUAUCGGUAUUGCUCCCCUCACCCCCUCGCAUUCAAACUCGGCCUCUUCGGACGACUUCAACGCCUCUCCACAGGAAAUCUUCGACCAAUUUCCGAACGGGCUCCCACAUGACCAGUUCCAGAAUUUCGAGGCGUUUGCCCAGUUCAACAACCAAUCAACGACCUUUGCCGGGCCCCCGACUCCUCCGACCCAGCAACUUCUUCCGACCACGCAGCCUACGAACGGCACCAUACACCUUCAGCAUCAACAGCAGUCCGCAGCCGACCUCCUACGAUCCCUCAACAAUGCCAAAGGAGACCCCGCCGACGAAGCCCGAGCCCGCAGACAGGGCUCAAACUCGGAUGAAGACGAAAACUUGACACCCGCUCAGUCGAGGCGGAAAGCCCAGAAUCGCGCCGCUCAACGAGCCUUCCGCGAACGCAAAGAACGCCACGUCAAAGAACUCGAGAACCGUCUCCAACAGCUGGAGGAAGAAGCCCAGGUGACAAGGUCAGAGAACGAAAAGCUGAAGCAGGACCUCCAAAAAAUCAGCACCGAGAAUGAGAUAUUGCGGGCGACAUCUUUAGCGGCUGUCGGUGCUGCCGCCGCUGGGUCGCCACUAGGGAGCGCCGGGACGCCGAUGACGACGGGCCCCAUGUCGUACAAGCCGACCGAUUUUUACACUAAUCUGCUGGAGAACCAUAACGAGAAGACGCCGAGCCACCGGGUGGUCAAGAGCGAAAGCGGGGAGCGCUUGUUGGCAGCCGGUGCGGCUUGGGACCUGAUGCAGAACCACGAACUUUUCCAGCGCGGGUUGGUCAAUAUUCAGGCUGUCAGUGAGCUUCUGAAGGGCCAGGCGAAGUGUGAUGGCCAGGGUCCGGUGUUCGAGGAGAGGGCCAUUUUGGAGGCGAUCGAACAGAGUGUGGCAAGUGGGAGCGACGAGUUGCUAUGAGGCGGCGGCUCCCGAACUGCGGUCGAGAAGUACGGGGAUAGGCGCGACCUAGACGGAGAUACCCCGGCAGAAGCACCGUAUAGAACG